AUGAGCAUCCAGAGGCUGUAUUCACCCAACUGCCAAGGCAUUCGUGGCAUGAAAAGGUUCAUCCGAAAGCAGGGUCUGGACCGGCUCUUCCUGGAGUGUGACGCCCACAUGUGGCGCCUCGGGGACCGGCGAAUCCCGGAGGGCAUUGCUGUGGAUGGAGGCUCGGAUUGGUUCCUGCUGAACCGGAAGUUUGUGGAGUAUGUGACGUUCUCCACAGAUGAUCUAGUGACCAAGAUGAAGCAGUUUUACUCCUACACCCUGCUUCCUGCUGAGUCCUUCUUCCACACGGUCCUGGAGAACAGCCCCCACUGCGACACCAUGGUGGACAACAACCUGCGCAUCACCAACUGGAACCGGAAGCUGGGCUGCAGGUGUCAGUACAAGCACAUCGUGGACUGGUGCGGCUGCUCGCCCAACGACUUCAAGCCGCAGGACUUCCACCGCUUCCAGCAGACUGCCAGGCCCACCUUCUUUGCCCGAAAAUUCGAAGCUGUGGUGAAUCAGGAAAUCAUCGGGCAGCUGGACUAUUACCUGUACGGGAACUACCCUGCGGGCACCCCGGGCCUCCGAUCCUACUGGGAGAACGUGUACGAUGAGCCGGACGGUACCCACAGCCUGAGCGACGUGGCGCUCACCUUGUAUCACUCCUUCGCCCGCCAGGGCCUCCGAAGGGCCGAGUCGUCACUGCACGUGGAAGGGGAGAAUAGCUGCCGGUACUACCCGAUGGGCCACCCAGCAUCUGUCCACCUCUACUUCCUUGCGGACCGCUUCCAGGGCUUUCUGAUCAAGCAUCACGCCACCAAUCUGGCCGUGAGCAAACUGGAGACCCUGGAGACGUGGGUGAUGCCAAAGAAGGUCUUCAAGAUUGCAAGCCCGCCCAGUGACUUCGGGAGGCUCCAGUUUUCCGAGGUCGGCACUGAGUGGGAUGCCAAGGAGCGGCUCUUCCGUAACUUUGGGGGUCUCCUGGGGCCCAUGGAUGAGCCGGUAGGCAUGCAGAAAUGGGGAAAGGGCCCCAACGUCACCGUGACUGUCAUCUGGGUGGAUCCCGUCAACAUCAUCGCAGCCACCUACGACAUCCUGAUUGAAUCCACUGCUGAGUUCACCCACUACAAGCCCCCUUUGAACUUGCCCCUGAGGCCUGGGAUCUGGACAGUGAAAAUUCUUCACCACUGGGUGCCAGUUGCAGAGACCAAAUUCCUUGUUGCACCGCUGACCUUCUCAAACAGGCAGCCCAUCAAACCAGAGGAGGCGUUGAAGCUGCACAGCGGGCCCCCCCGCAGCGCCUACAUGGAGCAGAGCUUCCAGAGCCUGAACCCCGUCCUCAGCCUGCCCAUCAGCCCGGCCCAGGUGGAGCAGGCCCGGAGGAACGCAGCCUCCACGGGCGCAGUGCUGGAGCGCUGGCUGGACUCUCUGGUAGGUGGCAUGUGGACUGCCAUGGACGUCUGCACCACAGGCCUCAGUGCCUGCCCCGUCAUGCAGCCCUGCAGCCAGACGGCCUGGAGCUCCUUCAGCCCCGACCCCAAGUCCGAGCUGGGGGCGGUCAAACCCGAUGGCCGGCUCAGGUAGCACCGGGCCCGCGUGGGCCUCAGCAGAUCUCAGAGGGAAAGCAGCUCGAGGGCCGGUGGCGCCCGGACCCUGGCCCCCCAGUCCCGGGGGUGCCUUUUGUGACGAGGGGGCUCUCCUGGCUACAGAAAGAUGGACAAGGAAGGUGUGGAGGUGCCAACGACCCGCGUUGCGCACGCUGGCCCCUGGGGGCGAGGCUUGCUGGGUCCCAGCGCCAUCGUGGUCUUACCUCUUCUGGUUGAUCCUCAAAGCCUCCAGGUUCCUUGUCCUCCCCCUCGGUGACCCAAUCCCCCCAGUCAAGUGAUUCUCCAACUUUUAUUUUGAGCAGCAGAAUUUUGUUUACUAAGCAGAGGUGGAGGCAGAAGUUCAAGGUGUGGUUGAAAUCCAGGCUGCUCUGGUUGAAGCUGGGGAGUCUGAGGUUUUUUUUCCUCAACGCUCAGCCCAGUGGGCAGUCCCUUUGCCCGGGGCACCUCCUGAGGUACCUCCCCAGAACCCAAGGGCUCUGCAAAACCCCAUAUGAAAAGCACUGCCCAGAGUGUGGGCUUGAUUUCCAGCCCCACCCUUGGGCUCAUCUUCCUGCUCCUGAGCAGGGAAAGGGGACUGGCUGAGCCUUCCGCCAGCCCUUGUCCGGUGAGUUGUCCUCCUUACUAACGGGAUAGCUUUUUGAUGGGACAUGGCCGAGGUUCCCCAAAGUCUGCGGUCCAGGCCAGCCUCCCUCCAGACUGCCCCCUGAGGUGGCAUCAAUGGGAUGAGGUUCAGGGGUAUGAGCAUCAAAUCUCCCAGCCAUUCAGGGGCCGGGAGAACUCUGGGGACGAUGGCCAUGAAGCUCAGAGAUGGUUUGGAGCCAACUCCUGAGCUGGACAGCACAGCAAUACCCGCCCCCUGCCUGAGCCCUUGCGCUCCGAAGUUGGGCACUCCAGACCUUUGGGAAUUGCCCCCCCACCCCCACCCCCCCUGGUGCUGUAGGGAAGUGACCAGGCUUUUCACAUCCAGGCACAAGCAUUUCAGAUUUGGUUUUUAAAUUCAUGCCCUUCCUUCUCCAAGGUGCCAGCAGGCCCCUCUGCUAUGCCAUGUGAAAGCUAGAAGCUUGAGCAUCAGAGCGGUUUAAGCCUAAACAAUAGUGUUCUUCCAACUGCUUGAGUUGCCAUAAACCUGAAAUGUGUCCUUGCUGUGUGCCUCGGAGGGCCAGCCCUGCUCCGCUGGAGAGCCCAUCCCGAGGCCCCUUCCUUCUCCAAUUCUAGCCUCCCCUCGCCCCCCCCCCCCCUCCUCCAGGACAGGCUUUCCUUGGCCAAGGCCCACCCCCGGUUGCUAGCGGCCCUGCCCUGGAGGGCCCAUCCUUGUGUUUCUGGGCAGCGUGGGUAUGAAGGUACUUCAGUCCCUCCUGACCGCUCCACGCUCACCCCACAGUCCCGCCAGGCCGCAUGUCCUAGGGGCCAGGGAGGGUCUGGAGGAGGGACACUUUCGGUAUUUAUUAUUUCUAUGGUUUAGUCAAUGACUAAUGAGUAGGUGCUGCUUUUGCAGCUUGUCAGUUACGUCUCUUACUAACUGAAGCUGCCUUUAUUCACGAAAGGCCCCCCCUCCCCACCCCCAGUGUCUGUCUCUCUCCUGUCUGCCCCACAUUCUCCAUGUCCUCAGAGGAAAGCAGGGGUGUUGGACACCACGAGGAGAAUGCUUGCACCAGCAUCAUCCGCUGGCUGAAAGCGGGGUACCCCUGGGGACACUGGAGCCUUACUUUUUCCUCAGGUAGGAGGGAGCCUCGGCGGGUUCUCUGGUCCCCGUGGGGCUGGAAUUCCUGAGCCAUCCCUGCUGCCCACGGCAGGCACAGGGACAAGACAUGCUCAUGACUCGGGUGGAGGGAGAGGACCCCCUUCCAAGCCUGAGAGGGAGAGAAAGCCAGUUUACGAAGACGGGGAAUGGUCGUACUGAGCCCAGAGCUAGCCAUGGUCACCAGGGGCUCCAGAGACCUCGGAGGACCUUGCUGAGAAAACCCGGAUCAUCCCUCCAUGAACUUGCAAACUCUAGGAGCCCAGCCAGCCCGUGCCACCACCCCUUUCUGCCCCAGCCCACCCAGGGAGCCUUCCUCUUUACCCUCCUGGCCAGACUGCUAGGAGUCCCGUGGUUUCCACCGUGUCCUGUGCAGGGCUCAGACCUGGGUCUGGUGUGUGUGCCUGCAGACCCCUCCCUGCACCCAUGACAAUGCUGAUAUCCCCCCCCCCAAGAAGAAGCAGAGAUGGUCUACUCUGGGCACCAUCUCCCCUCCCCACCCCCGCUCACAGCAAGGAAUUCAGAAGCCAGUCAGUCACACCCCGUGUUUCUGUAAAGAUCUCUGGGUUUUGGACCAGGGAAUAACGUUGCUAUUAAAAACAAAAAUUUCCAAACAAAGCCCAAGAGGAUUUGAGAAAGGGUGAUGUUUUCCCAGGGGACACAAUAACAGCUGAACUUCAUCGGCCUGAGAGUGAGUGAUUCGGGAAAGGGCACUAGGGCAGGCAGCCGUGAGUUCUGGCUGUGGGACCCAACCACAGGAGAUGAACCCGGGUUACAGCCUGAAGCCUGGCCCCCUGACCAGGAGCCUGAGGGCAGUCUGGGGAGAAGGAAGCAUUCAAGAGGCUGUGGCACCCGGUGUCAUUUCCCAGCCAGCCCAUCCAGUGACGCUCAGGCGGCUGCCUGUCUUCCCGACUCCCACAGCCCAGGCCAGGCGCAAAGCAGUCUCCCUCAAGGACGCAAGCAAUGCACAGACCCCAUAUUUAACAAGGGGGCCCUUACCUCCCUUUGGAAAAAGACCUUUCUGGUCAGAUCAGGAGUCAUUCAGGCUUCAUUUCCCCCUUGCUAGUUUAAGAUGCCAGUGCCCUCAGGACAAGCAAGACCACCCUAGUCCCCAAAAGGGGCGCAUUGCACCUCUCUGGGCACAUGCCUGGGUUGGGUGGACCUGCUGCCUUCAGGCUCCCUGGUUGACAAGUACAAGGAGGACAUGGGCUGGAACCUCCAUCUCUUUGCCAGGAAGGUGCAGAGUAGAGGGAAGCAGCUGUGGAAGGUGGGGCUUGAGCCAAGACCCCUUACACAGCAAAGUCCACCGGGGACUCAGGACACAAGCCCCCCCAACAGCACCCAAGGGAGGUAUACUAGGAACAGCUGUUGGCCAAACCCUGUUAGGUCAAAGCCACACUCUGUGGUAGGGGUCACAAAUGCUUAACAUGGUUGGCAUAAGACAAUUGGGAGUGGUGGGGACUGGGGUCUGUGCGCAUGGCCCACCCAAAGACAGCAGCCCGUCUUUGCAAGUGAGCCUGCAGAAUCUUCCAAUUUGGUAAAGGAAGCCAGAGAUCCAGAUUUUCAUAGGAAAUUUGAUUUUUAAGUGUCAACCAUGUGUUUUUGUUUUAUGGGUUUUUUUCAGUUUUGAGUGUGGGCAAAGAGAAAUUCCAUAGUUCAUCCCGUGCACGGCCAACCACCUCUGCUCUCUGGAGAGAUGGUUUGCGAGGAGGUCAGGCAGUGCCCUGGUGGAGGAGGAAAUGAGCCACCAGUAGGAAGGGGCAAAGAUUAUAGCUCAUUUCGCCGAUUGCUCUGAAGCAAGAACACGAACCUCUUACCGGUCAUUCCACCCCGAAGAGACGGUCCCACGGAGGAGAAGGGUCCCAGAAGAACUGGCUUGUGAGGCUGGCCUGGUCCCAAGAUGGUGCUUAAAAAAAAAAAAAAAAAAGAAUUUGGAGACCUGACCUAAGGAGGCCCAUACCUUCCAGAAUUCCAGCCUGCCCAGGCGGAGGUGACAAAGACAGGGGCCGGGGAGGGAGGGGUGUGUCAAACAGCCCCAGGUUUGAGCAGCCGUCUUAGCACAUGUCUUGGACACUCUGUUGGAGCUGUGCUGGCUCACAGGACACCCUCUUCAACUCAGUUACCUUACUUUUUGCCCAUGGGUCUACCACAGGCGCUACCUCAUUGUGUCUGCUGAGAAGUUUACCUGGGGAGGGGGGGGGAAAUAAUUAGGUGUCCCAAAUGUGCUGGAGCUGAAUGUACAAUCUAUGCAAAUUUCUCUCCCUCCGUCUGUUUCUCUCGGAAGUUUGGGCUUUUUUGUUUGUUUUACCUUACAAACAAGAUACUGUGUAGACCCCUCUUAAGACCGAGGAGGGCUUUCAUGCGCCACCUGUGUCUACCCCUCACGUUGUCUUUGGUUCUGCCCUCACCAAGCCCGCAGGGAGAAGGCGGCGCGGCCCUCCCCUCCCCUCCCCUCCCCUCCCCCUGGCUGGGAACACUCCAACUGCCUCUCCCCCCGGAGUCCCCAGGAAAGCAGGUUCUGCCCCUGGCACCCCCCCCACUUCCUGCACACCAUCUCUGCUCCAUCCUCAUUUCCCUCCCACUUGCUUCUCCUCCCCUGCUUCCCCCACCGACCCCCAAAAAGCCUUAGGUUUCUCCUUUUUGAAAUGUGGCCUUAACAUUAUUUUUGGAAAGCUGACUGCCCUCUCCCUCCAACUUCUACCAACAUCCAAGAAAGAGCAUCCCGAUGCUUUCAGGGCAACCUCCUCAGCCAGGGGCUGCCCGUCUGUAGCUUGCAGACGCGACAGAAACGGCUUCUAUGUGUCGUCUUUAAGAAAAAGUAUUCUGUUGUUCCUCUGGGUAAAAUGAAGGCUCCGGUGCUCCCGCGAACGGCAGCUUGCUGGUGCAGCUGCGGAGGGCACCGGGCUGGCUUCUGCCCCAGGCCGGUGUGAGCACCUACUCUCCUGUCCUCUCUCUCCCACCGCC